CUAAGGUUGUGAAGCCCAAGACCAUUCUUACAGCUGUUUUUUCUCCCAGAAAUAGCCCAUAGGCAAAUGCCCCCAACGCACCAAGGUGGCUUGGAAAUGUGUUAAGAAAAAGCAGGGAGCUCAUUUUGUUUCCCAGUGCUCCAACUCCCCAGUCCUGAUAGGGCAAACAGCCCUUCUGCCCCUUUCUGUGCUGCUGAGGCAACAGACACAUCAAAGGCAGCAAGAUGCCAUGCCAGCAGCCAGGCAGUGUGACGGCAGCAUACUGUGACUAAGCCAUUUCCCAUCUCCAAGAGGUGCUGUGGUGGCGGAUGAGGUAAUGCAGUGCAUCUCAGUAUUGCCAUAAAUCUCAGAACAGUUUUACGUAAGGAGUCAUGUAGCUGGGAGCUCUUCAGCCACCUCCACUGUACUUUGGACUGACGCAACGCCCAGCAAAUGCAAUAAAACAGUGUGAAUGCAUUCAGAGUGGGAAUUGCUUUCUGUAGAAGCUCUUUAGCAGGCUUGAUGCACCAGGGCUGGGCUGUGCAGCCCUCCCAAAGCGCAGCCUGGAAGCAGCAGCACUGAGCUGCACCGCAUGCUGCUGACCCACUUCCCUGGGAUGAAAUAUUGAUGGAUCCUUCUCCCAACAUGCUGUUCGCUGCUUCUUGCAUCCCAGAUUAAAUGCUUCCCACCCAAUGAGCCCUUUGAAUUUUGAGCAUCAAGAAGCUGAGAAGCUUUCAGCAGGCAGCAGCCUCAAAUCGCUGCUGGCAGUGUCUGCGUCAGCCCUGUGGCUGCAUCAAGACCUGGAACCUCAACCAUCACAUCCACGGUCGUUGAACCUCACAGGAUCUGUGUAAAUUAAUGCCACAUUUCUGCUUUGUUACCUGCUCUUACCCUAUGUGAAAAUAACUCCAAGAGCCCUAAGAAGAGCUAUAAACCUGCUCACUGCCUUGUGCAGACAAACCCUUCUUCAUGUGCCUUGCAGCUGCCCUGGAACGUGGCAAGAACAGGGAAAGCAGCACUGAAACAAUCCCAGGACACAGAAUUUUGCCUCCAUGGAAAUUUGCCUGCAUGAGGCCAUGAGACUGCAUGAGAAGUCACUCCAUAUCUCUGUUACUGGAACAAGGCUGUAGCCUUUACCAUUCAAAAUUGCAGGGCAUUAGAUCCCAAGCCUUUCCCUGAGACAGCUUUGCUCAGCCAUCCUCCAGAGGGCUGCCUGCUCCAGGCUGAAGGCCAUCACCUCCCCCAAAACCCUCAGGGUCUGCCCAAAGAACAGAAGAGCAAUUCCCUGUUGCAUCCAUCCAAACACCUAGCAGGAACCUCAGCAGUACCCCAAAUGCAGAAGUGCUUUUGGUACCUCCAAGCUUUGCAGUUCUAUUUCCUUUAUGGCAUGCCAAGAGAGAAGAUGGGGAGAGGAUUCACCCUCCUAACGCUGCUUUUAAAGCCCCAUCUUGACAGUCAUUGGUCCCACUUCUCUCUGAAGCGCAACAGACACGAGCAAAAAAGGAAAGAAAAAAAAAAAAAAAAAGAGAAGAAAAAUAAUAGGAUGAGAAAAAGAAAAAAGGAACAAAAAAAAAAAGGGGUCAUCUCUGACACAGUACAAUAGCCCCAGGGACUGCAGUAAGCAGCAGCGGAUUUAGCAGCUCUCUUCAUCUUAUGGGCAUCCUGAUAGACCCUUCAGAUUGAAGCCUCUCAUGGCAUCACCCUCUCUGCAUCUCAGCGGUGGCCAAAAAGAUUGCAGAUUCCAUUCUGCAAGAUCUGAAAACUGUUGCUUUGCAGCUGAAAUGUGAGGAGCCCCUGCAGGUGGAUGGGGAAUAAUUCAGCAGUGACCUUCUGGGGAUCGAGAUUUCUCCAAUGCAGGAAGGCUGCCCUAUAUCCAUCCUUCCUCCCCACAUCCCACCAUGGAUGGAACCGCUGCACCGCAAUUGUGGCCACCCGCCAGCCAAGGGAUGAAUAUGUGCAUUUAGGGGAAAUUCUAGAUUCUUCUUCCUGCUGCAACUGCAUGGGUGAGGGGCUGGAAAGAUGGGAACUGCUGAAGGUCGUGGCUGUGAAGGUCAGAAUGUGGAGGUUGGUCCCCAUUUGGAGCAGGGAGCUCUGUCCAGCUGCAUCCUCCCAUUCCUGACAGCAUCCUGCCCAAGUCCCACCCAGGAGAAGAGGCUGCCACCACCUUCCUACGGCUCCAGCACCAAAGUUCUCUCAGGCUCACCUCGGAUAUGGCAUAAAAAUCCUCUCCCCCCUCCUCAGUGGUCACCAAGACCUCAGGCAGAGACCAAGCUAACACAUCUCUGCACACAUGGAUGCAAAAAGAGCUACACACAGAGGUGCACAAAAUGCUCCAGACACCCCUCAUGCAUUUCAUUCCCAUCUGGUGUCCCCCUCCCAUUUGGUACACUAGCUGAAAAACCUCUCAACUCUCCAUGAGGGGCUUGAUUUUGUUUUUGGUCUGUUUCUCUUUGUAAGCAACUUUUCAGCACAAAGCUGAAUACCAAUAUCAAAUGCUAUCCAUUUGGUAUCAGAAAUAUAGCCCCACCCCAGCAGAACAACCCCCAGCUCCUAACAUGGAAAAAGAAAGCAUUUAUCAGCCAGGGCUAUUAAUUACCAGCACUGCUUGCUCUGCAUAACCUCCUGCCUGUAGACUGCUAGCAAUUAGACAUUUAACAUAGCACAAUGCAGGCAGAAAGGAGCAGGAACACAGCUGGGAACCUGGCAAGAGCCUUCCAGGGCUGCAGCCUCCAUCCCAGCUCCCUGCCUCUAUUCCUGGUCCCUACCUCCAUCUCAGCUCCGUGCCUCCAUCACAGGGCUUCAGCCUCCAUCCCAUUUCCCAGCUCCAUCCCAGCUCCCUGCCUCCAUUCCAGAUCUGCAGCCUCCAUCCCAGCUUUCUGCCUUCAUCCCCUCUUCCAGCCUCCAUCCCAGCUCCCAGCUCUAUUCCAGGGCUGCCUGACCUUGAAGGACAUGUGCAGAGAUCCUUGCUAUUUUGGGUUAAGACAUACUGUUAUUUAUUAACAGGUAUUAAAAUCUCCCUCCCCUCUCUCCAAACUCCCCCCCAGUUAGUGAUAUGCAGGGGGAAAAGCAGCAGCCUUACCUCUGUCCUCCUGAGCUGGCUCUUGCGCAGAGAGGAGGAAUGGAGGCAGAGGAAGAAGGGAGGGUGAGGGAGUGGAAAAAACUUGGGAGUUUCCCACAAUGCACCUCUGCAGACCGCAGGAAGAUGGAGAGCAGGGGAGGAGGGCAGAGAGUGAUCCAAUCCGGAGGGGAGGGCUGGGACCACGGAGGGGGACAGGAUGCCAAGGGGAAGGGAUGGGGGGGGGGCAUGUCUGACACCUCCGUGUCUCAGGGCUGGGUGAUUUGGGGCUGUCCCCACAGCACUGAGCAUACAGCAAUUGCAGCCACCAACUUGCAGCCGGGGGGAGAGAAUGGGAAGGGGGCAGCAUCUGAGAUGCUUCUGUGUGUAGAGAAAAGGGAAAAAAAUAAAAGGAAAAAAAAAGGGAUUUGGGGGCUCAUGGCACUCAGGAUUUCUGAGAAUGUUGUUAGAAAUGCUCUCAUAUGAGAGACGCUCUGCGCAGCACAGGGAAGGAAGCUAAAAUGUUGCAUGGGGGGGGGUUGUGGCGUCUCUGUUCUCUUCUCCCUGAAUCUUCCAGGUUGAAACCACCUCACAAGCACAUCACUGGGGCCAAACCUUGCAUUUCCCCAGGGCCAUGUCCUGGGACUUCUUGUGGGUCUUUUAGCUGGAUUUGAUCAGGAAAUAAGGGCUAUGAUGCUUGUUUGAAGCAAACUACAGAAAAUCCAUUGCAGGAGAGCGCAGGAGGGAGCCAAGUGCCAGCACAGCACGCAGUGCUUCAGCUCAAGAUGCAGCAAGGUGAAAGCAGCUCCUUCAAGGUCAGAGGGAGAGCUUGUCUCUUGUAUGGACCUUGGACAUUUGCCAUAGGCUUCAUGCAAUAACUACAAUAAAUAAUGUCAUAGCAGGCUAACUCUGCAGUCAUCAUAUUUACUUAUCAGCAUUUUACCCGUUCAGUAUAUUAUGGUUAUCAUAAUUCAGCAUCUCUGCUGCUGGUCCACCUGCAACUUGUUGUCUGUGGAGACUGAUCCCAUACACAAACAGACCUGCCAGCAUCAUCAAGUUGUUAUAAUUUUAGCAUGUUUUUCCAGUGCUGAGUCCCGAGCCUAGGUGGAUGCAGCUUUUGAAUGCCAGGAUUCUCUGGGCUCCCUCAAGAGCUGUCGCAACUAAUAAGAAUUCUUAUUUUCAUCUCCUGUUACAUGCUUUCUAUCCUCCUUUCUCCAACCACACCUCCCCCAUUUUAUUCCAUUAUCAGAAAAAUCACUGUCCACAAGGUGAUGCAAAGGAUUCUGCUUAGAUAUUUCUUCUCCUAAUAACAUUUAUAGUACCCUAUACUCCUAGUGGGAGGUUUUUUUUAUUACAAUAGUUUCCACAUUAUUUAUUCUGUUCUAUAAUAGGACUAUUUGUCCUUGGUCAUGUCUAGCUCUCUCAUCGAUGAAGCUUGCCUUUGGUUUAUUAUUAGUAUGCUACAUCCAUGCCUGAUCAUUACAACUGGUUUCUUUCUCAACAGUCUGACAUGCACCUUGUUCAGACAGAGCAGGACUGAGAAGAUCUGAUUGUUGUAAGGUGAUUUUCCAUAUCCCGCAAUGGCAGGAGAAGAAAGUACCAUCCUCUUGGAAGCACUGGAAGGUCUCACACUCGAAGACUUCCAAGAGUUCAAGGAGAAGCUGUCACACGUUGACAUCAAAGAAGGCUGGAACACUCACAGGGAUGAGCUGGAGAAGUUCACCCAUCCUUCCACCCUCAUCAAUUAUAUGGGCGACAGCUAUGGGGAAGCCGCUGCUAUGGACAUUGCCAUUGGAUUGUUUGAGGGGAUGAACCAGAGGCACCUUGCUGAAAAAAUCCUUGAUGAGAAGGUGAAAGAGUACAAGCAGAAAUACAGAGAGCACGUGGCCAGAGAGUUCCUGCAGUACAAAGAGGUGAAUUCCUGGCCAGGGGAGAACCUGUCUGUGAGCGACCGCUACACCAACCUGACCAUAGCCAGGAGGUCUUGGAACCAGCAUGGAGAUGAGCCUGGAGAUGUCAGCUCUGACACUGUCACCACACAAACAUUCUUUGAACCCAGCAAAGAUGGCCAACUGCAGCGGGUCACAGUGCUGGUGGGUGCCUCUGGCAUGGGGAAGACGAUGACGAUCAGGAAAGUGAUGAUGGAUUGGGUGGAAGGGAGGCUCUGCACACAGUUUGACUAUGCCUUCUGCAUAGACUGCAAGGAGCUUUCCUUUUCCAAAGAAGUGAGCAUGGUGGACCUCAUUUCAAAAUGCUGCCCUCAACAGCAAACACCAGCUGGAAGGAUUUUGGGUAACCCGGAGAAGAUCCUGUUCAUCUUUGAUAGCUUUGAGGCCCUGGGAUUGCCCUUGGCUCAGCCCAAGGACGAGCUGAGCACUGACCCCACAGAAGCCAAACCACUGGAAACCACCCUGCUGAGCUUGCUCAAGAGAACUGUCCUCCCUGAGUCCUCUGUGCUCAUUGCCACGAGACCAACAGCUCUCCAGAGCCUGGGGCAGUGCCUGGAGGGUGAACAUUAUAUGGAAAUUCUGGGGUUUGCACCAGCUGCAAGGGAGGAGUAUUUCCACAGAUAUUUUGGGAAUGACAAUAAAGCAGAUGUGGCCUUCAGGUUUACCAGGGGAAAUGAGGUCCUCUACAGCUUGUGUGUCAUCCCCAUCAUGAGCUGGACUGUCUGCACCAUCCUUGAGCAAGAGCUGCACAAGAGGAAUCAGCUUCUUGCAUGCUCGAAGACCACCACACAGAUGAUCUUGUUCUACCUCUCCUGGUUAACGAAGCAUAGAAUCAGUAAUGCCUGGCAGAACCUGCAGCAGUUCCUGCACAAGCUUUGCUCCUUGGCUGCUGACGGCAUCUGGAAGCACAAGGUCCUCUUUGAGGAGAAGGAAAUUGAGGACCAAGGUUUGAAUCAGCCAGAGCUUCUCUCCCUCUUCCUCAAUGAGAAAGGUUUGGAGAAAGGCACAGACCAUGGGAACGUCUACAGCUUCAGCCACCUGCACCUCCAGGAGUUCUUUGCAGCAAUGUUUUACGUCCUGGAGGACCAGGAGGAAAUGUUCAGUGACUCAUGGAUCCUUGCAAAGGAUGUGAAUAUGUUGUUAGAAAGCUACCACACAUCUAGGAUGGAUUUAAAUGUGACAGUGCGGCUCCUGUUUGGUCUGGUGAACCCCAAGUCAGUAGAGUAUGCAGAUGAAGGAAUCGGGUGCAGAAUAUCAUUGCGACCUCGGGAAGAUUUGCUGAGGUGGCUUCAGACAAGACACAGAGACAUUUCCCAUCCCUGUAAAAUGAUGACAGUUGAGGAUUUGGACACUUUCCACUUUUUAUUUGAGACAAACGAAGAAAGCUUUGUACAGAGCGUGUUGGGCAGUUUCACAGGAAUAGCCUUGCAGGAUGCCAAGCUGAUGCUGUAUGACCAGGUGGCUCUUUGCUUCUGCAUCAAGCAGUGGGCUGGGCUGCUCAGUGUCACCCUCCGGAGCUGCUCCUUCCACCAGCAGCAUUGCAGGCAGGAGCCAGCCAAGGGUUUGCCCUGGCAGAGCUGGCAGCAGGAGGAGCUGCACUCACCUCUGUACCCACUGUGCCAGGCACUGGGGCACCCAGGCAGCUUACUCCAGAGCCUUAGGCUGCAGUGGUGCGGGCUGACAGAGGGUGACAGUAAGGCACUGGGGACACUGCUGGCCACACUCCCCAGCCUGGUCCACUUCGAGCUGGGUGACGGAGCGCUGGGUGAUGAUGGUGUGAGGAUGCUCUGCACCGGGCUGCGCCAACCUGACUGCCGCCUGCGUGUCCUGCGGCUGCGGUACACCCACCUCACCAGUGCCUGCUGCCAGGACCUCACCGUAGCACUGGGCACCAGCACGUGCCUGGAGGAGCUGGAUCUGUCCUUCAACACCGGGCUGCGGGAUGACGGCGUGACGCUGCUGUGUGAAGGGCUCCAGCACAGCAGCUGCCAACUGCAGGCGUUGCGGUAAGGGCACACGGCACUCUGCACACCCAAGCGGCUGCAAUGCCACCACCGUGUCCUCAGUGCUGUUAUCUCCCCUUUGUUCUGCAGGCUGGGGAGCUGC